CCUGUUUAUAUUUGCUUCUUGUCUCCACCGCUCCAUGAAGGGAGCAGACCGAAACGAUCUGUUUUAUUUAUUGCCGGAAAUCCAGGAAUGAUGAUGAUGAUCCGACCGUCCAUUCAUCCACGUCACAGCGUUCAGGUCCCACCUUGGGAUCUCCUCGACGAUCCAACGGCUGAUAUUCACGGCUGGCCCACUAACGGCGGCGGCGAGGGAAGUGCCGCCGUCAGUCCUGACUUUGGCAGCUUUGAGGCGUUGACGGCGCUCCAGCGUUUCCUCCCGUCGAAUGCGAGCGACGUCGUGUCGGACUCCGACGAGCUCGGCGUUCCCCUCGACGUCUUCUCCUCCGACCAGUUCCGUAUUUACGAUUUCAAGGUGAGGAAGUGCGCGCGUGGGGGGUCGCAUGACUGGACGGAGUGCCCCUUCGCGCAUCCCGGCGAGAAGGCUCGCCGCCGGGACCCGAGGAAGUUUCACUACUCCGGCACGGCGUGCCCGGAGUUCCGGAAGGGGAUGUGCCCCGACGGCGACGCGUGCCAGUUCGCCCACGGGGUUUUCGAGUGCUGGCUCCACCCGGCCCGCUACCGCACGCAGCCGUGCAAGGACGGGACCCAUUGCCGCCGGAGAGUCUGUUUCUUCGCACACACUCCCGAUCAGCUCCGGCUGCUUCCGCAGGCGAGCCCGAAAAGCCACGUCCUCGUCGACUCCUUCGACGGCUCCCCUUCCCGGCGGGGACUCGAUUCUCUCUUCAACAACACCCACCUCCCCUUCGGCCCGCACUCGCCGCCGCUAUCCCCGCUUUCCGAAUCCCCGCCGGUGUCGCCGGGCGGGCCGGUGAGUCUGAACUCAGUGAGUGGCCUCGUCGAGUCCAUGCGCAGGAUGGGCAUGAGUGUGAGCCCACCUUCCUGGGCCGUCCAGAUCGGGUCGCCGCGUAGCCCGUCCGCGAUCCGACCCGUAUACAUGAGCCUUCCAUCCACGCCCGUUCAAACUCCGACCCGACCCAGUCCCGGCGGGUUCGACCCGUGGGAAACCAUGGACGAGGAGGAGCCGGCGAUGGAGAGGGUGGAAUCCGGUAGAGACCUCCGAGCCAGAAUGUACGCCCGGCUGAGCAGGGAGAACUCGCUCCACUAAUGAUCGGGUCCAACUCGGGUCAGUCUCUCCGGGCACAUUUCGUUUUCUAUUUCUAAUCGGGUCGGGUCGGCAGCCUCUUGAAUCCAUAUUUUGCUUGACUUUUGUGUGGAUAUAAUUAUAUAUAUAUAUAUAUAUAAUUAAAAUUAAGAUUAUAUAUAAUAAUGUUUGACUGGAGAUGAUUACUUCCACAGCCAUUGUAGAAUAUGAUGAAUGGGAAAGAGAUUAGAUAUGUUAAUCUCCAUUUUGUGCUUCCCUUAAAUUAGAAGAAAAAAAAUUAUAAUAUUUUUGUACAUUAUUAGAAUAUGGGGAUCAAGCCUCGUUUGGGGCUACCGUUUGUAUUUACUUAAUCAUUAUUAUUAAUGAUUAUCAUUAGUUUGGAUUAUUAUCACUAAUGGUGCUUAUAAUUGUGAUGG